UGUUCCAUCUAAAAUUCCGUUUCUUGAAAUAACUGCGUAUUUUAUUGAGGUAGUACUUAUACUGUGAUUUAGCUCUUCAAGCAGUGUUAGGAGCAACGGGCAGGUUUCCUUGUCCUCCAGUGUUGCAGUUCAUGGCUGUGCCUGGUUUGCUUCAGGGCCAUGUUGCAAUUACUGUGUAAGCGGUAGCUACGUGAUCGGCAGUGAUGCUCUUCCAGGAGGAGAACAGAUUUGAUGGAUUAUGCAGAGACAGUUUAUGACAAAAAUAAGCAGGCUGAAGCCUCGGUGUGUUAGUUCUCUGGAAACCCACUCUGUGCUGGAGAAUCUGUUUUCUGACACAUCAAGAGGCAAGAGCCACGGCACAGCAACAGCCCUUCCAGGGAGCAAGCGAACACCCCCGACCCCACGACCCCCCUCCGGAGAGGGACGGGAGCAGGAGGACACGCCACUCCGCCCGCAGGUAACCCCGGCCGGGCCACAGCUGCGCCGCUGCUACUGGGGCUCCGCGGCCGCGGAGAAGCUGCGCAGCGCAAGGAUUGGUCACUUUGCCCUGUCAGUCCUCUCGUGUCACCUCCCCCGCCGGGAGACACUGGAGAGGCGCGCGCACGGCGGGGGGCUCCGGCGCGGGCGGCGGGAGGCGGUGGCCGCCCCGGGGAGAGGAGGCGGUGACAGCAGCGGCCGCGGCGGCCGCGGUCGUGCGGCCACUCAGCAUCCUGCACCUGGAUCAGCAGCGGGAGCAUCUGAACCCAGGCGCCGCGUCUCGCAAGAUGGAUGUGGAAGGUAUACAGCUACAUGGGCAUAGAUGACUUAAUCAUAUUUUUAACAGUGAUAUGUUCCCAGUGGACCAAAUUAUGGACCGUGUCAUCUUUUGCCCUGCCAAGUAACUCACUUGAAAUUCUCCUUCUCGGUAAAGUUCUCCUACAAUAUUAUUGUUGAAGAUGAGUCAGAUGCCUUCCGUCCAUUCCCUGCCUCACAUGCUAUGUCAUGCAAGCCUUGAAACACUUAGCACAUAAUUUAAAUGAAUGACUAAUUUGGCCAGCAUAAUGGAAGGCACGCAUACUAUCCUUCAAUUGCACAAACCCAUUAUGGAGCUUUGUUACGUCAGCUUCUAUCUUCCAGAGGGAAAAGUCAGAGGAUUUACUUACAAGGGCUGUGUAACUCUUGACAGAACCAGUAAACGUUUCUGUAGCUGCUAUCAAGUAAGGGAGAGGUUAGAGAUGGAGCUGAGAGAACAGCCAUAUGAGAACUUUGGAGAUAUUAUUUUCAAACGAACUACCACAAAAGACUUUCUCACGGACCUGUACAAACUGGCUGCUGAAAAGGAAGAACUGUUAUCCAGUCUUUUGAGAUCACAUCAUACUCUGGGCCUUAACGCAGGACGUCAGGAAGGAAAGCAACAGGAGGUUUCUGGAGUCCCAAAACUUAAAGGUGAUGAUUACUCCAGUUUCACACAUCAGCAGGAGUUCUUUCUGAAUUCCACAAAUAAAGACAAUUUGAAUCACAAAAAAGUGAGGAAAUAUAGAAGAAAAGAGAGCUCUGAGGAGUUGAGACACCGUAAAGGAGGAAAAAAGAUAUACGAACAACAUCUUUCUUUACUAAGUGUGCCAGACAUGCAACUGGAAAAUAAGAAGAUGCCACCCACAAGAUUUUGUACCAGGAGUUUUCCCAGUUCCUUUUAUACCUCCAGCUGGCGAAUAGUAAAAGGUAAGGAGGACUUACCAGUAGACAAUAGUAUACGACCAGAACAGUGGAUAGAAGAGGGGUAUUUUCUUAAAAACCACAAAGCUGUGAAACUGGAUGCUGACUUACCAAGUUCUGGCACAAAAGACAACAAUGAUAUGGUCACAGCUGAACUAGUGGAUAAUGGAGAAUGCAUUCCUGAAGUUAUGAAGGUACCACAGAGUAUCACUUUGGCAAAGUCAUCUCAGGAUGGUCUGUCUAACAAACUGGAGACAUCAUCUAAAUCUGCAGCUGCUAAAAGUCUGAAAAGUAACAAGUACACUGAGCCAAUAUGCAAGGAGAAAACAGGAAUCACAGUUAUUGCUGAAGUACAGGAUUCAGAAGCUUGUACUAAAAAAGUUGCCAAACCACCUGCAGAGUCUUUACCUGAUUUUCACAAAGAAACCAUUUCUCCUGUUAUCACAACGGUACAUAAUGAGUUCAUAUCGAAAACUGAUGUAUAUUCUGUAGAUGAAGCUGCUGGAGACUCCAAAAACACUGUGCUGUGGGUAAAGGAGGAAGACAGUUCUGGUUUGCAGUACAAAGCAGAGACAAUGCACAUUGCUGAUGAGUCAUGCAACCUUGUGGGAGCAGUCAAUAAAGCUCUUCUGAAAGUUAAACGGAGCGACAGUUUAGAUGAAGCUGCAGAAUGGAAGAGACUGCAACAAAUUACAAGAGGAGACAGAAACCUGCCAGGCUCAGUAUAUGAGAAAAGGACCACAGUAUCCCAGGAAAGCAGCAAGCAUUUAUUUUUGAACCUGCCUAUAAAUGAAAGUCAAGAUAUUUCUCAGACAAGUAAUAAUCUUAAACUUGAAGAGAAAAGGCUACAUUCACCCUCAUUAGCAGCAGUGAGUAAUGUUUUUAGUAAUUCCUAUCCUCUAUCUAAUACACACAAACAAAUGUCACCUAUUCCUUCUCCAUUAUCUUCGGGACUGCCAAGCCCACAGCUGCAUCACCGGAUUCUCCCGUUACCGACACAGAACACUGAGGACGAAUCUACGUUCAAUGACUAUGGCAGUGGGAGACAUAGUGCUAUAAACUUCUCUUUCAGUGAUCUGGAGCCACAGUUUUACCUGAAGCUUUCUGAACCUGGAGAACUGAGCUUUGCCACCAGACAACCAGGCCUACACCAGAAGACAACUGCAGGGCAUUUUGAAAAGUGUGCUGUACAAGAAAAAUUAACUACUCAGACACAGCAGAACUUCUGUCCAGGUGCAGGAAUUUGCACUUCCCCUUGUUGAACUUCAUGGGGUUCCUGUCACGCCAUUUCUCCAGCCUGUAGAGGUCCCUCUGGAUGGCAGCAUGACCCUGUGGUCCCCUGGUGUAUCAGCCACUCCUCUGAGUUUUGUUUCAUCAGCAGACUUGCUGAGGGUGGACUCUGUUCCAUUGUCUGGGUCGAUAAUGAAGAUAUUGAACAGUAUUGGCUCCAGUAUUGAGUCCCAGGAUAUACCACUAGUUUGUUUCCUAGUUUCAAAAGGAAUUAGUGCCACUGGUCACAACCCUCCAGGCCUGCUUGUACAGCCAGUUUUUAAUCCAUUUCAGCUUCCACUUAUCUAAUCUGUAUUUUGUCAGCUUGUUUAUACUGAUGUUAUAGGAGACUGUGUCAAAGGCUUUACUAAAGUAAAGGUAAACAUCAUAGCCUGUUCUCACCUCAUUCACCAAGCUAAUAACCUUAGUGUAGAAGUUAAUUACCCCUUUGUAAAUCUAUUCUGACUAUUCCAAAUCACCUUCUUGUCCUUCUUGUGUUUGAAAAUGCUUCCCAGGAGGAUUUUCUCCAUCACCUUCCUAGGGACCGAGGUGAGAAUGACUGUUCUGUAGUUCCUUGGAUCUUCCUUCUUAAGAUAAGAGUGAUUUUUGCUCUCUUCCAGUCUUAAGAAACCUCUGCCUUUUGCUGUGACCAUUCAAAGAUAUAGAUAGUGGCCUCAUAAUGAGAAUGGCCAGCUCUCAUAGCACUUGUGGGCGCAACUUGUUUGGCCACAUGGAUUUAUUUACAUCCAGUUUGUUUAAAUGCCCCCAACCUAGUCCCCCUCCAUUAAGGCUAAGUCUUCCUUGCUCCACAGUUUCCUUCUCAUCUUGGUAAAUACCAAGCUGAAGAAAGCAUUGAGUACUUUUGUCUUCUCCAUGUCAUUUGUCACCAGUUCCCAAUCUCCAUUCAUCAAUUAUUUAAUUGAUAAUUUCCCCUGAUUUUCCAAACUUGAAUAAUCUUAUCAUGUUUUUUCUAAACAAAGAGCGAGCUCAUGGGUGCAUCAAAUUUAUAAGAUUAAUUAUGAUAAUGAUGUUCAAAAGUUUGGAAUCCAAUCUUGGAUCAUAUAAAUUCUUCCAAUCUAUUUUGAUUAUUUUAAGAUAUUGCCUUCCUUAUCUGACAGUGAAAUUAUUCUGUAGAUUACAGUCUUGAUCAACAAUAAUGAAGUUUUAUGUUAAAUCAUAAUAGAAACAAUAUAAUUCAGUGCUAUACAUACUUGUGGGGUAGCAGUCAUGAGUUAUGUUUUUCCUUGGUGUGUUUGCUAUGGAUUGUCUUCUCUGCAGAAUUUAGUUGCCAUGUCAAUGUUGUAAAUACCAUUCACUUCUAUUCUAAACUUUUUUCUUUUUGCCAAAUAUAAAACUUCGGUGUGUCUCUAGUAUCUUAUGGGAAUUGUGUUACCUAAAGACUCAGUAUGGCUAAAAAGGAGGUAAUUAUUUCUGAGAUAUUUCCACAUAUUGGCUUUCUGAAUCAUAGUGAAUAACACAACUAUCCUGACUGCCACUUAGGCCUGUAAGAUAGAUAUGUUCUUUUAUAUGGAUUUCUGUUGCUCCUUCUGUAGACAGUUUCAGGCUGUGUCUAGUAUUUUCCAGUUAAGUCUGCACAUCCUUUCUAGCUAAGUAAUCUUGCAAAGUUCUCUAAUAGUAUGUGCAACUAAAAUCACAGUCAGUAUACAGCUCUUUAAUGGAUCUUUGUUUUCCUAUUAUAUUCAAUGCAUCAUAGAGCUGCAUGUUACUCAUCAUACAGUGUAUUACAAUUUCCUUCAAGAACAUCAUCGUACAUUAUCUGAGUCUUAUGACACACGGUAAUGAUAAAAGAUCAUUAAUAUUUCUUCCCAGUGAAGCCAAAAUCUUUUUCAUGGUAGUGUAAACAAUAUAAGGCAAUGCUACAUGGAAACUGUAGAUUUGUGGCAGUUUGAAAUGAAUUUAGACAGGACUGAAAGUCCAAGACAAAGUCUCUGAGCUAGAAAGACACUCUGAACACUGACCUUGAUAGAUGCUGUGAACAAAUAGCUCCUGUUUUAGUUGAAUGACUUCCCAGCAUGACACACUUAAGCAACAGUUAUAUUUUCGUCUCCCUCUGUAACAUGUGACUCUUCAGUCAAAGGCAAUCAGUGAGGGGAAACCGAGUGAAUUAAAUUGGAAUGAAAAACCAGAGACAGCUUAAUGUUUUCUGCUGGUCAUAGUUUAACAAUUUUCUGUUUCAUGGGAGAGAGAAAAGGUCGAAACAUUCACACUGGAUUAUAGUUCAUGCACUCAGUUUAAGAGACUUACCGUAAUGAAAUGCACUUCUUUUUUUCAUCAGUAUAAAAAUAAUUUCUUGAAGUAAAAUACUGGCAUAAUGUGGAAGUUGUCAUUUAUUAAAUCUGUAUAAAUUCACUUGGCCAUUUAAAACAAGUUGAUAGAAAAGGUUCAGCUGACAUUUUUGUUGAUGAAUCAGGGUGAUAUGUAAGUCGAGAUCAAAUUUGAGUAUUUACCUCUGUAAAUUUAAUAAAUUUAUUUAUAUUAACAAAUUUAAUAAUGUAUAUAGGAUUAUUUUCAAGCAGUAAUAACUACUCUUUGGUAUUUUUUGUCUGAAAAAGUGACAUUGCACCAAAUCCAGCUCGUAAAAGUAGUGACAAAAUUCUGCAAAUUCUCUGCUAAAAAUGUACUUUAAAAUAUAUGUAAUGAAAAUUAAUAAAGAAGUAAUUUAUGUGUUUGUGGUAUAUCGUAUCAAUAAA